AACAUGGCGGCUUCGGGAGCUGGUGACCCUCUGGAUGCUAAGCGUGGAGAGGCCCCUUUCGCUCAGCGUAUCCACCCGACGCGGGAGAAGCUGACACCCGAGCAAUCGUAUUCCAUGCGGCGGGCGCAGCUUGCCCAGUGGCAGAAGGUCCUACCGCAGCGGCGGACCCGGAACAUCGUGACCGGCCUAGGCGUCGGGGCCCUGGUGUUAGCUAUUUAUGGUUACACUAUCUACUCGAUCUCCCAGGAGCGUUUCCUAGAUGAGCUAGAAGACGAGGCCAAAGCUGCCCGAGCCCGAGCUCUGGCGAGGGCAUCAGGAUCCUAAUCUGGAUGGGUAUUGAUCAUGUCCAACCUGCUGGAGCCCCUUCACAUGGUGGAUGAUGCCCCAUGACCCUGUAGAAAUUGAAUCCUGCUCACAACAUUGUUGGCCUUCUUACUAACCUUGGGCCAUGAUUGAUCCCAAGAAACCAGGGACUUAAGCAUUUGGCUACUGUCAAAAGAACAGAACUUUGCCCACUGCA